AAUUGGCAGAAAUGAAAGCGAACGUUGAAAACUAAAGUCUAAUACUAAACAAAGACAGAGAGAAGCUCCAUCCAAUGCUCCAUGUUAAGGUUCUGAUACGAGAGAAGGGACACAUCAAGCAAACUUCAAACUAUCUAUAUAACCAAAAGUAGAAGCUAACGUCUUUCUUUCUAUAUGAUUCUGCUGUUCUAUAUAGCCAAACCAAAAGAUAAAAUAGAAGCGUAAGAUCAAACUCUCUCAGCCUCAAUUUCCAGCUCCGUCACUCAAACAGGUGAAGCUUCUGCAGCAAAUGAGUGCAUUGUCAAUAAUUUUUGUGAUUGAAUAACACUAGCUGUUGUCAUGGGCUGUGUAAGCUCAAAGAGAAGAAAACAAGAACCUGGCUACGAAGAGCCAACUGUUCUUGCUGCUGAAACUCCUUUUACGGUUAGUGAAGUAGAGGCCUUGCAUGAGCUUUUUAAGAAAUUAAGUAAUGCAAUAAUUGCUGACGGGCUUAUUCACAGGGAAGAAUUUCAGCUUGCCCUCUUCAGGAACAGAAAUAGGAGGAAUCUUUUUGCAGACAGGAUUUUUGAUUUAUUUGAUGUCAAACGUAAUGGGGUCAUUGAGUUUGGAGAGUUUGUUCGAUCAUUGGGUGUCUUUCACCCCAAUGCGCCUGUGGCUGACAAAAUUGCAUUUGCUUUCAGGCUUUAUGACCUAAGACAAACCGGCUUUAUUGAGCGUGAGGAGUUGAAGGAGAUGGUGUUGGCACUUUUGCAUGAAUCGGAUCUGGCUCUUUCAGAGGAUGUUGUUGAAACAAUUGUGGAUAAGACAUUUGGUGAAGCAGACACACAAGGCGAUGGAAAAAUUGAUCCAGAAGAAUGGAAGGAAUUUGUAUCAAAGCAUCCAUCUCUAAUAAAGAACAUGACGCUCCCAUAUUUAAAGGAUAUAACCCUAGCAUUCCCCAGCUUUGUGGUCAGGUCUGAGGUUGACGAGUCAGACGUUUAGGCUUAAUGCUGAAGCUAAAAGGGUAUCUUAAUCAUGCCUUAUCCUAUACUGUUGGAGAAGAUUCAGAAGAACAUCAGAUUUUGUGUUACCUCCUCAUGAAGAACAUUAUCUAGGAAGAAGAGUUUAGGACCCCUUGGGCGGCAGGCAAGAAGCAAGAUCGAGUUCACAAGCUGCAACCUUAUUCUGUCAUCAUCAGGUUGUUAAAUAUUCUUCCAAUAUGGCGGGUUCUGUACAGAGUUGUAGAUAUGUUCUGUCAAUGUACAUUGUUGUUAAGCAUCAGAGAUUUUGUGAUAAAAUAGUUUGAAGAGAUAUGUUUGCAACCCAAAAUCCUUGAAUCGAACUAAGAGUUUAAGACA